UUUUGUAAGCAAUGUGCAAUCAACGCUGUUUCUUUUGGACAACCAUAUAACUAUAAGAUUCAGGAUUGAGAAUUGAAGGCAAUAAGUAUUCAUAACAAAACAGAGGUAUGCAACUAAUCGCCUACAUUGCUCAAACGUGGAAGCCUCACUGUUGAACGGUUACCAAUGCCUUUUAUAUUAGAGCAGCGACGGUUCCAAUUGGGGAGAAAAAACCAUAAAAAAAAAAAAAAGCGGUCCGGCAUUGCACCGAGUUUUUUUUUUCCACAUCCAGGUGAAAUGAAGGUAAUUGACAAGAUCAGAAAGGCAGAAGAAGAAGGACGUGUUUACUGGUCCUUUGAGUAUUUCCCUCCCAAGACUCAACAGGGCGUAGUCAACCUUUAUGACCGCAUGGAGCGAAUGUAUCGACUUGGGCCAGAAUUUAUCGACGUUACAUGGGGUGCUGGUGGUGUUUCAGCUGACUUGACCUCUGAGAUUGUAUCCACUGCUCAAUCUGUCUAUGGGCUGGAGACCAUGAUGCAUUUGACAUGCACCAACAUGCCUAAGGAGAAAAUCGACACUGCGCUCAAGCUUGCAAAAGAAUGUGGAUGCCAAAAUAUUUUGGCUCUUCGAGGGGAUCCUCCUAGAGGCAAAGAUACGUGGGAAUCUUGUGAAGGCGGAUUCCAAUAUGCUGAGGAUCUUGUUAAAUACAUCCGUGAGCAGUAUGGAGACUAUUUUGGUAUUGCUGUUGCUGGACAUCCUGAGGGCCAUGUUGACAACCCUAGCAAAGAGGAUGAUCUUCAGCAUUUGAAAGAAAAGGUUGAUGCUGGUGCUGAUAUCAUUGUCACUCAACUGUUCUUCGACAUUGAGAUGUUCUUGGAUUUCGUUAAGCGUUGCCGUGCUAUCGGAAUUACUUGCCCAAUUCUUCCUGGUAUUCUUCCCAUUCAAAACUACAAUGGUCUCAAGCGCGUCAUUUCUUUCAACAACAACUAUGUUCCCGAGCACAUUUGGAAGGAUCUGGAGCUCAUCAAGGACGAUGAUGCUGCUGUGAAGGACUAUGGUAUCGACUUAGCUGUGAAGUUCAUUAAGAGAAUGUUGGAAGAAGGCAUUCGCGGUUUCCACAUCUACACCUUCAAUCUUGAGCGAUCUACUAGAUUAAUUUUGGAGAGGUUAGGCUAUACCGCACCCAGCGAGAAUGUUAAACCUCUACCAUGGAAUCCCUCUCUGCACGCAAAGCGAACAAAGGAAAACGUUAGACCCAUUUUCUGGAAGAACCGAACAAAGAGUUAUAUUCAGCGAACAGAGUCCUGGGACGAAUUUCCUAACGGUCGUUGGGGUGAUUCUCGCUCGCCUGCUUUCGGUGAGCUGGAUGGUUAUGGCGUUUCACUCAAAUACCCUACCCCAGAGUGUCUGAAGAUGUGGGGUCAUCCUACUUGUCUGGAUGACAUUGCUAUGCUUUUUGCAAGAUAUUGUAAAGGAAAGUUGGAGGCUUUACCUUGGUGCGCACAACAGCUUGAUCGCGAAACCGACAUAAUUCGUCAACGUCUUUCAGCAAUCAACCUUCUGGGAUACCUCACGAUCAACUCACAGCCUGCCGUCAAUGGUGUUAAGAGCAGCGACUUGACUUACGGUUGGGGACCCAAGAACGGUUAUGUGUUCCAAAAGGCCUAUCUAGAGUUUUUCGUAGCACCAGAACAACUAGACGAUUUGAUCGCCAAGAUUAGCACCAACCCGGAAAUAACAUACUUUGCUGUUAACAGCAACGGUGAUUUACGAACAAACACUCAGAGCGAUACUCCCAAUGCUGUUACAUGGGGUGUGUUCCCUGGCAAAGAAAUUCUUCAGCCUACCAUUGUCGAGUCAACUGCUUUCAUGGCCUGGAAAGAUGAAGCCUUCGAACUUUGGCAAGAGUGGGCACGAAUUUAUGAGACCAAUAGCGAGUCUUCAAAAUUGCUGACUGAAAUUCACGACAACUGGUACCUUAUCAAUAUCGUCAACAACGACUUCCAAGAUGAGGCUGGAAUUUGGAGAUACUUUGACCUAGAAAUUGACGGAGAAAUCUCCAGAAGACUUCGACGCUCUUCCGCUGAUGCUGCUAACUAGACUCUGUGAACAUACACAUUUUGUGACAACCCCAAGCUCUGAUAUUGUCUUCUUCUUUUUGUCUUAUUCUGAAUAGAUAUAUCAGCCUUUGGGCUUUAUACACUGAUGGUGCU